UUCAAGUUAUCCACUUUUUCAUAUCUGAAAAACUAGCUUGACGAGUUUUAAAUAAAGUUUUCGAGUGCACUCGGAUGCGCUCUCAGUUGACUAGUUAAUUGAGCACAUACAAAGUCAGCAUUGGCAAUAGUUUUUGCAGGGACGUAACAUUUUGCCCCCCCCCUCCCCCAUUGUUCGUCCAGUACCAGGCUUGAGCACCCCCCUGCUUAGAAACGCCCCUGCUGGGUGAUCACACUACACAUGCCUGAAGGUUAGACCUAUACUAACAUCAUUAAAUAUAAUCCUAUAUGACACAAUAUCCAUUUAUUUACUGAACACAUAUAUACAUGCACACAGUUCAUAUACAACUGUACCCACUCUUUGAUACGACAUCCUUGAUACCCAUAUCCUUGAUACCCACAUCCUUGAUACCCAUAUCCUUGAUACCACAUCCUUGAUACCCACAUCCUGCAUCUGCAUGCAUGAGAGAGGGUGUAUACAUGCAUGAAAAAGUUAUAUGCCCUCAUUUUGAUACUGAAUUGCAAGAAGCAUAUUGCCAAUGAUGAGUUGCUUGCUGUGGAAGUCAGUUAUUGUCCUGAGCCUGGUUUGGGCUGUUGGAGGACAAUCAACUGGAAGCCUGAGGCUGGUAGACAGCUUUAGUCGAACAGGAGGCUCCUCUGGCAGACUGGAGGUCUAUUACAGUAGUCGAUGGGGGACAGUGUGUCAGGACGGGUUUGGUAUAAAUGACGCAAGAGUGGCUUGUCGUCAACUAGGGUUCUCAAGCUACAGCCGAUACGGAACAGUUCAAAGGCUAGAUUUCUUCCAAGCUUCAUCAAGCACUCGGACAUGGCUGGACGAGCUUCGUUGCUCAGGAACUGAGAGCAAACUCAUUGAUUGCCCUGCUAACACUAUCGGAGUUGAAGAUUGCUCCCAUUUUGAAGAUGUGGCCUUGAUCUGUACUGGAAGAACUACAAGCCCUUCAAGUGGAGACCUGAGACUGGUAGACAACUCAUACUGAAUAGAAGGUUCCUCUGGCAGACUGGAGGUCUAUUACAAUGGAACAUGGGGGACAAUGUGUUAUGACAGUUUCAGUCGAAAUAAUGCAGUGGUGGCUUGUCGUCAACUAGGGUUCCCAGCCUUCAGAUUAUACGGAACAGUUGGAUCGCUAGGUUUCUUCCCAUCUUUAUCAAAUACUCUGAUACUAGACGAGGUUCGUUGUCGAGGAACUGAGAGCAGACUGAUUGAUUGCCCUGCUAACACUAUCGGAGUUGAAAAUUGCACCCACACACGAGAUGUGGGCUUGAUCUGUGACCCUGAAGGUCCUUUUAAUGGAGAACUGAGGCUGGUAGACAACUCAGGAGGCUCCUCUGGUAGACUGGAGGUCUCUUACAAUAAAGCAUGGGGGACAGUGUGUGACAAUAACUUUGGUCCAAACGAUGCAAUGGUGGCUUGUCGACAGCUGGGGUAUGCAAACUAUACACAGUAUGGACGAGUAGGAACAUUAAGUUUUAAUGAAGCCAUAUCAACCACUCGGAUAUGGCUGGAUGAGCUUCGUUGCUUAGGAACUGAGAGCAGAUUAAUCAACUGUCCUGCUAAUGCUAUUGGAAUUGCAAACUGCGGCCACUCACAAGAUGUGGCCUUGAUCUGUGAGGCUACUGCAACACCCACUUCAUCAAGUUCAUCAUCCAUCAUCUCGAUCAGCAUUGGAGUAACUGUUCCUGUCAUCAUCAUAGUUGUCCUAUUUGUCUGCAGUUUCAUAAGCAGAAGAGGUCGCCUGGCUCACCUCUCACUCAGGAUUCUAGACACUAACAAUACGUCGACAACUGCAACCGUCACAAAUACACAAAAUACAGCCUACUCCAUGAAUCAAAGAUCCCCAAACUCUAAUCAGCCUCCCCCUCCAAAUGUGCAUGGACCUCAACCAGCAGCUGCCUACCCGAUUGGACAAUAUGCUGACCCCCAGUAUCCCACGUCCUAUCCUCAGCAACCCCCAGCCCCUGAAAAACCACUGCAUUGUACUUGUCUGGCGGAGAAGCCCCUCCUGCAUAUCCUGGCUAAGUAUACCGUCCACUAAGUAUUAUUAGUGUUCUUACGAAAUUGACUGAUAGGGACAUAGCAAGUUAGUAUGAUCUGCUGCGUGUACUUGAUGUCUCCAUAGUUCAAUUUUUAUCCACCUUAUAAAUGUUAUCUAAAUAAUGACAAAGCACUAAUGCACAUACACUGAUAGAGUCUACACCCCAAAAAGCAACAUGCACAUUCCCAUUCAUGGCUGUACAUAGAGCUGAACAGAAAUGAUGAAUGACUCUAUAAUGAUAUUCAUACCUGUCAUAAUUUGCUCUGCUAAUGUGACGUGUGUAUGGUGGGCCAACCUCGUGAUCAUAAUUAUACAGUCAUCAGGCAUCAUAAUGACACUUUCUGGGUUCAUUACGUACAUGUAGAUCUACACACAGUCUAGUGUAAAGGCAAACACUAGAAGAGAAAUAGAUGGAAACAGGUCACAUUGGCCGGAACAAACAAGCAUGCGCGUAGGGAGUCAUUCACUCCUGGGGGAGUCCCCCACACCUUAGGCAGGAAUGACCAGGGGGUCACUCCCACCGGGGAGUCAUUCAUUCCUUGAUCCUCUGACACCAGACGUGAAAUACUAUUUAACUUUGGUGUG